CAUCCGUCGUCGACCGGACCGGUAACAAUUGUGCAGUUUUUUAUAGUCUUUUUACACGCGUUCGCGACGUCAUGUUCUACGAGAUGCGCGACAAGAGAUACGAGUCCGGGUCUUCCGGGUGUCUGGGCCGGUGUUGGGUGCUGGUGGCCAUGUGCGGCCUGCUCAUCACCGUGUCGUUUAUCGGCAUGACCCUGUGGCUGGGCAUGAACAGCCGUCCGGACGUGCCGCCGGUGGCGCCUCACUACCACCAGCCGCCGCAGCCGCAGCCGCCGCCGGUGCACGCGGUGCCCAACGUCCGCCGGCACCACUACGAGACGACCACCGCCGGCACGGCCAAGGCGACGUUCCCGACGGUCGACUACGAGGCGAUGCCCACGACCAGCAUUAAGAACAAGAAGGGCAGGAUCGAGAUCGUGGAGCACGAGAAAACCGCCAAGAUCGAGCCGACCACCCCCGUGGCCGCCGUCAGGACGCCGGAGCCCAAACUCGGCGACGGCGUCAAUCCGAUGGAAGAAGAGUCGCCGGAACCGUCGCGGAACACCAACGGCGUGCGGAAGAAGAGCGAAGUGGUCUACCCCAACUGGUCGGACCUGGAGGUCAAGGCCGAAGAGGAAAUCGAAGCGCCCCAGGAGUUCCAACCGUACUACGCGAGCGAACAACCCGCGGAAGUGCACAAGUACAACAAUCCGCCCAUACCCGCUUUUUCGUACCUCAAAGAACACCCCGUCCGGUUGACGAGCAAGGACAUCAGACCGCCGGGCACGGUCGAGGGCGAAGAGUAUCCGUAUUUCUACCCGCAGUUCGAAGACGUCAUCACCGACGACAAGGCGGUCAACCCCGUGUUUAAUUUCUUGCGGAAGAGACUGCAAGACGUGCACGACUGGUUGGCUCAGUCCGGCGGCAACCGCAGGAACCAGAGCAACCAGUGGAUUCAAGUGGUGGACGCGGUCAACCAGUCGCUGUACACCAAGAACGCGACCGCGGUGCUGUCCAAGCUGCGCGAGAUGUACUCCAACAACAGCGAAUUGGCGGCCGACACGCCGGUGGCCAGUCUCAUUUACCCGACGGCGGCCAACGACUCGGCGGCAAGCCUCGUGUCUUUCGGCCUUUUGGCCAUCGACCUGUUCCUGUUGCACAACGUCCAGCAGAUAGCCGUCAACGAGGACGCCGAGGCCGGACAACAGAUGCUCAACGACCCCGACGUGGUGGCGUUGAACGCGCUGUUCCUGCCGCCCGACCGCGUCAAGCAGCUGCGCUCGGCCAACUCGCGCGUGCUGUCCGACGACCGUCGCGACCGCGGCAACAAAGGGUUCGUGUCCGAGCUCAUGGAGUUCGUCAACGGCGGCUUGAGAGCGGUGCUGAACUUGAGCCGGGCGUACAGGAGCAGCUCGCGCGCCGCGACGGCGGCGGCGGAGGGCAAGAGCGUGGGCGACGGGCCGUCCACGAGCGGAUCUUCGUUGGACUGCAUUUGGACGCUCUACUGUAGAAAUCUUGACAAAACCGCCAAGUUGGACGGGCCUUACGGAUUUUUAGCCAAGAUGAACAGCUUGGGCUUAAGACUCAUGAUGGGCGAGUUUCCCGUGGAACGAGCUCUGGACCAUUUAAUCAAAGAAUCGACACAGGGAUGGCGGAGAUUAAACUGUGACCGUCUUUUCCCCAGGUGUAAGGGCGAACAAGCCAAAGAAGUGGUCAUCGAGACGGCGCUGGGUAACAACGCGGUCGGCGGCGACGCUGAGUCUUCGUAAGAGACUUAAGACAAGAAAAAAAAAAUCACUCGACGAUAUUCACUUCAUUCUGUUUGCAUUUCAUUUGGUGUGUUUUUGCCCGGCAGACGACCGGGUCGAGUCGACUUUUUUUUUUUUUAGUUAAAUUAUUAAAAAACACAAAAAACUCCUAGGCUCGACCCGUUGUUCCAACGGCAAUACUGUUUCCGCUUAUAUCAUUUUAAACACACACACACACACACACGGUCUGUGAUAAGACAAUAUCGCGACGUUAACAUUAAAACAACAACGCCCAUCAUAUUAUUAUUAUUAUAACGUUAUCAUUUUUUUUUAGUGUCCGUCGUUGUUGGUAAAUAUUAGUUCCUCUAAAUGAAAAUUACUUGUAUAAAAAAUAAUGUAGAUAAUUUUUUUUUUUUUUUUGCUAGCGACAUUAAAUCGUUUUUUUUUAUUUUUUAUUUAUUUAUUCUCGAGUUGCACCGAAUUAGUACGGUACGACUACUAAUAUGAUAUAUAGUUUUUAUUUUUUUUUUUUCAUCGCAAACCGUAAAUUGCUUACCGUUAUUGUGUUUUUGGCCGAACGACAGGGGUUUUGCUUUGCCUACACCACCGUGAAAGAACACCCGUUGAUAACUUAUCGAACGUGACGAGUCGAUCAUCCGUAAUUACUCAAAUUAUUUACAAAUAGACGGAAAUUAAAUUAAAAAAAAAAAACAAUACAAAUUAUUAAAUCAAACAAUUCGAUAUAUUUUAUUUUUGACAAUAUAUAUCACAUUUUCAACUCCAGUCCGAUUCGACCGUCGGUUUUCCAACGGAUUUUGUUCGGUAUUUAUUAUUUAUCUCAUCAGUGCAUGCAACCUUUGAAACAUCUAUUCAAUCAGCUUAAAAUCGCAUUAAAACUAAUAAUUUGUUUACACAUUUGAACCGUACGUUCUCCAAUAUAAAAGUAUAUUAUUAUUAUUAUUAUUAUUAUUAAUUGUUGUUAAUGUAUUUAUGUGUAUGUCGUAAACUAUAACUCAAGAUACAUUUUGAUAUUAAUUUAUAUGCAAUAUACAAUAUUGCCAACAUUUUUAUG